AUGCCUAAAGUUUCUACAGAACUUACACCUGAAGUUAUCAAUAAAGCAUUUAUUUAAGAUUAAGUACUUGCUGUUCGUAAAAACAAAUAUUUAGCUGCUUAAACUGAUGAAAAAGCUGUACCUCCAAAAAAAGAUGAUAAAAAGACACAAAAAAAGGAAUUAAAGAACCUAUAACAAUUGUUGAAUAAGGAAAACUUAUUUCUGAAAAAGAUUAUCCAAAGAAUUUUGAUUUACUUUUUAUUCUUUAAGAUUUCCUCAAGUACCACAAGAAUUUAUAGAAUUAAUUAUAUUGUAAAACAUAUAUAAAGAAUCUAUUUGAUUUUUUUGAUCACAAUAUCAAUUUUUUAAGUAUAAUGCUUAUUUUUAACUAUAAAAAUAAAUUCUAAUUAUUUUAUAAUCUAACAUUACAUGUUAAAGAGAGAAUAAGUAAUUGGGGUGCGUUUGAUAAUAAUUAAAUCGAAUAAUCUGAAGAAUUACAAGAUGAUUUUGAAAAGUAAAUUGAAGAAUUUGUUCCAUCUCCUCCUAUUAAACGAUAAUAUUCUGAAGAAUCACUUAAUUAUAUUGAAAAUGAAAGAAAUUUUACUGAUCAUUUCAAAUCAAUAAGAGGAUCAUCACUUCCUACUGAUCCAUUGA